UAAAACUUAUCUAAUUACGAACGCAUCCACCUGUCAAUCUUUUCCCAGAAAAAGACAGAAUAUUAUGUAAAUUUUCAUCAAUGGCUGAGGCUCAGUCACAAUCGACAGGUACCUCCGAAACACAAGUGAUUGAAGCUACAGAACCAGAGGAAAGACAGGUGUUACAUCUCAAGUUAAAGAAGCCUAAAAAUAAGAGAGAGGUGAAAUGGACAACAGACACAGUGGACAAUGAACACAUGAACAAAAAAAAGUCAAAAUGUUGUUGUAUUUAUGAGAAACCAAGGAUGUUUGACGAGUCAUCUUCAGAGGAUUCUGAUGAUGAAUGUCGUAGCUGUCGAGGACACAAAGAUAAAUGUUUUCGCACAGACAAGGAUCAGGAUCAAGAUACUGGUCCUAGUUCUGAGGCUCCUAGUUAAUCAGGUUCACAUUUAAUCAAAUUGUGAUAAAUUGUCAUAUUUUUGUUACAUUUAGUGUGUAUUUUCUUGAUGCUGUUACAAAUAACUUACAACUAAUUAUCACCAAUAAUAUUAAAAUAUAAUUUUUAGCAGAAGUGUUUAUUUGUACAGGAACCUUCAUUAUUUACUCUGUGCAAGAACUUUGUAUA